AACUUGUAUCUUUCUUUACAAAGCUUCCUGUGCUGGUGCUGGUCAUGAAAUAAACUGAACCUGAAGAAACAAGGACACCUUCAAAUCAGUUGACGACAUUCGCUCUUCAUCAAGGACAAGACUUAACGUUUCUUCUAGAUUCAUAACUGAAAAUGGGUUUCAAAUUUCUUGAAAUAUUGAAGCCUUUUAUAUCUGUGUUGCCUGAGGUUUCCAAGCCUGAAAGAAAGAUUCAAUUUAGGGAGAAAGUAUUAUGGACAGCAAUCACAUUAUUCAUUUUCUUAGUGUGUUGUCAGAUCCCAUUGUUUGGUAUCAUGUCCUCUGACUCUGCUGAUCCAUUUUACUGGAUGCGAGUUAUCAUGGCUUCAAACAGGGGAACACUUAUGGAGUUGGGUAUCUCACCAAUUGUUACAUCAGGACUCAUCAUGCAGCUUCUUGCUGGUGCCAAAAUCAUUGAAGUUGGUGAUACUCCCAGAGACAGAGCACUUUUCAACGGAGCACAAAAAUUAUUUGGUAUGAUAAUCACAAUUGGUCAAUCCAUUGUUUAUGUGAUGACUGGAAUGUAUGGUGACCCAUCUGAUCUUGGUGCUGGCAUUUGUCUUUUGAUCAUUAUUCAGUUGUUCUGUGCUGGCUUGAUUGUCUUGUUACUUGAUGAGCUUCUCCAGAAAGGCUAUGGACUUGGAUCAGGUAUUUCCCUUUUUAUCGCAACCAACAUCUGUGAAACCAUUGUAUGGAAGGCUUUUAGCCCUGCAACUGUCAAUACUGGAAGAGGAACUGAAUUUGAAGGUGCUAUCAUUGCUUUGUUCCAUCUUCUUGCAACACGUACUGAUAAAGUUAGAGGACUCAGAGAGGCUUUCUACAGACAAAAUCUUCCAAAUUUGAUGAACCUUCUUGCAACAAUAUUCAUCUUUGGUGUUGUCAUAUAUUUCCAGGGAUUCAGAGUUGAUCUUCCAAUCAAAUCAGCCCGCUACAGAGGACAAUACAGCUCAUACCCCAUCAAGCUCUUUUACACUUCCAAUAUCCCUAUCAUUCUGCAGAGUGCCUUGGUUUCAAACAUUUACAUCAUCUCACAAAUGUUGUCUGCAAAGUUUGCUGGAAACUUCUUGGUCAACCUUCUCGGAACUUGGGAGGAUGGUGGUGGCCCAUCAAGAUCAUACCCAACUGGAGGAAUGUGUUAUUAUCUGUCACCACCUGAAACACUUGGUCAGAUAGCGACAGAUCCUGUACAUGCGAUGGUCUAUAUUUUUUUCAUGUUGGGAUCAUGUGCAUUCUUUUCCAAGACAUGGAUUGAUGUGUCUGGAUCCUCUGCCAAAGAUGUUGCAAAGCAGCUAAAAGAACAGCAAAUGGUUAUGCGUGGUCACAGAGAGAAGUCUAUGAUCCAUGAGCUUAACAGAUACAUUCCAACUGCUGCUGCUUUUGGUGGACUCUGCAUAGGAGCACUUUCAGUUAUUGCAGAUUUCAUGGGUGCCAUUGGUUCAGGUACUGGUAUACUUUUGGCUGUCACUAUCAUCUACCAAUACUUUGAGAUCUUUGUAAAGGAACAGAGUGAAAUGGGUGGAAUGAGCACUUUGCUCUUCUAAAAGAAAAAGGACAAUGGACAACUAAUAGAUUUUAUGCUAAGAAGUAAAAGAGGAUGUGUUUUGAAUGUUUUGACAUUAUAAUUAUCAUUACUUGUGCAAGUAAUGUCCAACUAAAAAGGAAGGGAGUGUAGAUCUAGAUUUUUCUCAAUAAGGUUCUUUACAAGGGAUAGGCCAUCAUUAUUUGGUACAAAAUUUAUGUAACAUUCUGGGCUACUGUUAAAGGCCACUUAUGUUUUUUGGAGGGGUGUAAAUCUUGAGAAUUGUUCCAUCAUUAAGCCAUCUGCAAACAUCCUUGUUUUAUCCUUAUGCAUCUUUAUAAUAAAAUCAAUCACUGUAUUAUUUUCAUAUUUGCUUUGAAAUCAUUUUGUUGUUGAUUUCGUAAAUAAACAGAGUUGCCAGGAGGAAUGGGUUUCAGUCAAUAAUGUAUAAUUUCUGGUAGAGAAUGACUAGGUACUUUGUAUUGUAUGAUGCUAUCUUACUAGAUGAAAGCAA